AUGCGCCCCACCGCUCACCGGCCGCCCGACCGCCCCGCCAGCAGCUCCACUGCGUUGUGCUCAGCCCGGCUCUGCCGCCGCCGCCGCCCUUCUCGCGAUACUGGGCUCGCCGGCCUUCUCGGCCCGCCCCGCGAGCGUCCCUAUUGGGCGAGCCCGCCGUGUCUCUCGCCGGGACUUCCGGUUCCGCCCCGGAAGCUUGCCCGGGCGGGAGACCUGCUUCUGAUAGCCGUGGUGCGGCAGGCCCUCAACUGGAGUGCUGACUCCUUGGACCAUCUAGAAGCUGCGGGUCACGUGUGUAUUCUGAAAGAUGCCUUGGACUUUGAAAGCCCAUCCGAAAUCUCCGACUUCAUCAAGGCUGAGAGCUUGGAGGCAGCUAUGGCUCUUCAUCUAUAUAGAGGGGGUAGACUUCUGCCAGGUCAUGGAAUUCCUUUUGGAAUCAUCUUUGGUGGAACUGAUUUAAAUGAAGACGUUAAGCAGGGAGAAAAAAACAAAGUGAUGGGAAAAGUCCUAGAAGAAGCCAGAUUCGCUGUCGCUUUCACGGAGUCAAUGAAGGAAACGGCACAAAGGCAGUGGCCACAUGCUAAGGAUAAGAUCUAUGUCCAGAGUCAAGGAAUUGGAACAGUGCCGAACACCACCUUUAACUGGAACACCUUCCUUCAGCGUUCAGAGAUUAACCAAAGUGCUGACAAUCUACACGUGUUUCUCCUGAUCUGUGGACUCCGACAAGUGAAAGACCCUCUCUAUUUGGUGGAUGCAUUCUCGGAAUGGCAUCAAGAGGAGCCCAGCGUUUAUAUGGUUAUCGUUGGUCCUGAAGUUGAUCCAGUGUUCACAAGGGAAGUAAAAGCCAAAGUAAAGAGGACCCCUGGGGUACGAUUGAUCGGGGAGAUGGCUCGGGAAGACCUCCACGCGGUCGUGAAGAAUUGCUUCGCGGUGGUGAAUAGCUCUGUCUCUGAAGGCAUGUCAGCCGCAAUCCUGGAGGCAAUGGAUUUGGAAGUCCCUGUGUUGGCAAGGAACAUCCCUGGGAACGCGGCAGUGGUGAAACACGAAGUUACAGGAUUGCUGUUUUCCGACCCUCAGGAGUUUGUUCGGCUGGCAAAGAGACUGGGGGGCGAUCCGGCGUUAGAAAAACAAAUCGUGGCCAACGGAAGGGAGUAUGUGAGAAUGUACCAUUCGUGGCAGGUGGAGAGAAACACCUAUGGGCACCUGGUCAGGAUGCUGGAGGGAAGCAGUGAGGACUAA